AGAAUGAAGUAUUUCAUCCUGACACUUGCCGUUCUCGGCUCAACUCUUGCAUAUUCAAAGCAGAAUAUGCUUGACACAAACCGUGUUCAGGCUGAAGUAAUUGAGAACUCAUCUUGUGAAGAAUGUGAGAAUGUUAUCAAAAGAAUUUCUGAAGCUGCUAAGGAUCCAAAGAAAAUUGAAGAAUUGAAGAUUGUUCUCGGAAUGAUGUGCAGAGAGACUUCUUAUGCUGAUGAAUGUCGUCUUUUCGUUUCACAAUUGGACAAGUUCAUUGACAAACUUCAGCCAUUCUUGAAGAAUCCACACGCAGUCUGCACUCGUCUUCAUAUCUGCUCAAACAAGAAAAUCGACUCAUUCCGCCGCAUUUUGCUCGAGUUCGCCAAGCGCGCUCAAAAAACUUUUGACGCUCCAGCCAUCGUCUGUGACGAAUGCCAAUUUGUCGUCAAGGAGUUGAAGACUGUUGUUGAGGACAAGAAGAGCCAAGCUGAAGCCCGUGACUUCCUUCGUGAGAACGUGUGCAAGAGCCUCGGACAGUACAGAGGAUUCUGCGAUUUGGUCGUUGACGAGUAUCUUCCACAAUUCAUCCAAGAGCUUGACGCCAUUCUCCAAGAUCCACACCAGGUGUGCGUUGACAUCAAGGCCUGCAACUCUGCUUCUGCUCAAGGACUCAAGGCUCGCAAAUAUGUAGAAGCUUCCAAUGAAGAAAAGGAAAAGGUUGAGAAUGAGGUCGAUGCAUUCUGGAAUGGAGCCGCAAUGAAAAACAACAAGGGUCAGACUCUCGCCAUGUCCUGUUUCGAAUGCAAGUUUGUUGUUGAAGACAUGCAAACAGACAUGAUCACUAACAGAAAGAAACUUUCCGAUGAUGUCCGUGAUUUCGCAUGCUACAAGAUUGUCACAGCCAACAUGACUGAUUCAUGUAUUGAUUUCUUGGAUUUAUAUCUCCCAACUGUUAUUCAGAUGACAGUUGAACAGGCAACUCCACAAGGAGUUUGUCUAGCUAACAAGUGUUGUCCAGCAAGUUCAGUUGCCCCACUUCGUGAUUUCACAUUCCAAGAGAUUCAAGCUGAAAAAUGUCCGAAAAUGAUGGAAUUGGAAACAUAUUUGAGCUCAAACCUUGUUGGAAGUGCCAUGGAGAAAUUCUUCGAAAACUCACUGACUGAGACUUUCUGCUCUGGAUUAUUAUCAUUCUUCCAACCAAGUUGUCAACAAAUCAUGUCAUCUGUUGCUCCAAGAUUUGUCAGUUUGACCGCAGUCCUUGCAAGCCAAAACAAAUUCAGUCAGGCUAUGAACUGCUAGACCUGAAAACAUCAAACUUCUUCAUUUCUCUGCUUGCUGAUAACUGAUAAACUGUUUAAAGAAUAAAUCAUUUUCAUGAC